CACGUUUCAUCGGAUUUAUUUAUCGUGCGAGAAUUUAUUUUGACCGGGACGGGAUCAGCUGUAUUUUCUUAAUGAGCAUGUCAUGUUGAUAUUUUAUACUGCGGGAAAAGAGUUGUUUAUUUGCUCACGUAUGCGGCUAGUAUUUUUGUGAAGUUUAUUCUUCACAAGUUGUGUGCAAUAUUUUAUUUCGUGUUUAUCUAUAGUUUAAAAUUAAUGGUAUGAAUCAAUGGUCUACUACAUAAUUGUGCAUCCAAGUGCCAAUGGCUAAAUUAUCGCUGUCUAGAAUACGGAAGAAAUUUAUGCGAUUGCACCCGAUUUGGCGUGUCUAUUUGAUGGUGUUGAUUAUACUUAUCCUUUAUAAUGAAGUAUUCAUUUAUGUUCUUCAAAAACUCAAAUGGUCGAAUAUUUACUGUAAACAUGAAAAGUGUUUGCGAAUAUUAUUUGUUGGAGACCCUCAGAUCUUGGGUAAAUCUUUCGAUUCGCAUUUCUACUCUGGCAUGGCGAAUUAUGACUCGGAUCGCUACCUGGCGUGGUAUUAUGAAAGGGCUCUUGAGCAUGUGAAACCGGAUGUUAUUUGUUUCCUUGGAGAUCUCAUGGAUGAGGGAAUUACCUCAAAUGAGGAUUACUUUAAAGAAUACUACGAACGCUUUGGGGCGAUUUUUCCUAGACAUGCGACAGCAACAGCAAUCUACGUAUCAGGAGAUAACGAUAUUGGUGGAGAAGGAGAGGAAGUAAAGCCAUCGAUAGUGCGACGGUUCCGACAGUACUUCAGCGAAAAGCCAGCAUGGAUUAUAAAUGAAAAUGUUACAAUUUAUAAUAUCAACCGAAUCACACACGAGAUGCCGUUAAAUGACCCUCGGCUUAUAAAUGAACAAGGGGAAGAUGCUGCGGAUCAGUACAUAAGAAUUUUUUUGAGCCAUAUGCCAUUCCUGAGCACCCCGGGAACAUUUACUUAUGAGGCAAUUGAAAAACUUAAACCCAACGUAAUAUUCUCCGGUCAUUUGCACUCCUCCCGGUACGUUCGAAUACACCGCAAACAUUUGCGAUCAGCUACCUAUUUGCCACUAAGUGGUGAUAAAAAGACUGCCUACAAAGUGCAUAGUUUCGAUCUGCGUUAUCACAAGGACACACAGGAAUUGUUGGAAAUCGUUAUUCCAACAUGUUCCUAUCGAAUGGGCGUACCCGACAUUGGCUAUGGUUUUGCGGUUAUAGAUGGAACCAAGCUACAAUAUACAGUUCUCUGGACUACCAAUCGCUUCCACCAGUUGAUAUCCUACUUAAUUAUAUCGUCGGUUCCGCUGAUCUUUCUUACGAUGUUUUUGUUGUUCAAAACAGUAAAAGCUAUUUGUGUUUGCAACGCGAAACGGUCUAGACUUUCUAUUUAAAGUUGCGUUUUCAUGUAAAUACUCUCGCAGCAUUGAUAGUAGUAAUGUCCGUUUAGCAAUGUGGAACUAAAAGUGAAAAUUCUGACUGAUAGGUUUUUUUACACAGUUUUCUGUUUUCAGGCAAUAAAAGAUGUUCUAUUUCACGUGAA